AUGACAAUAACAUAUAAUAAAUGCAUCACCAUUGACCCUUUCCCCAUUCUUCACAAGUAUUAUGAGCCAGGUGACAUCAGCAUUAGUGAUAUUGUCCCUCAGAUCUUUAGACCAUAUGGCCCAACAAACUUCAGUGACCAUCCCUAUCAGUCAAUGAUUGAUGAGCCACUGGUACAUAUUAAGACCUAUCAGCAUAUCUUGGCCUUGAUAUUUGCUGUGGAACAGAUCAAUCGAAACCAUCAGAUCUUGCCAAACAUAACCUUGGGCUUCCACAUCUUUGAUAACUACGGUCCAAGGUGGACCUAUCAUGCCACAAUGGAACUUUUCUCCACACAGAAAAAAGUUAUUCCCAACUACGAAUAUGGCAUCCAGAACAACUUGAUAUCAGUCAUUGGGGAUCAUUACUCUGAAACCUCCGUCCAGAUGGCAAACAUCUUGGGUAUCUACAAAGUCCCACAGCUCACAUAUGGUUCUUCUCCAGUGAUGAAUGAUAAAGAUAAAAGCCUUUCAUUCUACCAGAUGGUUCCAAAUGAGGCAUACCAGUAUAAAGGGAUUCUUCAGCUACUUGUACACUUCAGGUGGACAUGGGUUGGGAUCUUUGCUAAAGAUGAUGACAGUGGUGAAAGGUUUUUGCAUACCAUACUUGCAGAAUUUCCACUGAAAGGAAUAUGUGUUGCCUUCUUAAAAAGAAUCAUCAUAUUUACUAUCAGUGACUUUAUUGAUAUAUUGAAGUGGAUUCUGGGAAUAUACAAUGUUUCCAUGAAGAGCAAUGCCAAUGUAGUGGUUGUCUAUGAAGAAACUAUUUUGUUUUUGAGGUGGAUGCUAUAUCUCCCAGAAGCAGGAUUGGUGACUAUGAAGCCUAAAGGAAAAGUGUGGGUUAUGACAGCCCAGAUGGAACUCACAGCAAAUCAUUAUGAAAGGCAGUGGGAUAUACAAACAAUCCAUGGUGCUCUGUCCUUCAACAUUCACUCAAAUAAAGUAAGAGGAUUUCAACAUUUUCUUCAAACCAGAAAACAUUUCUUGAUAAAGGAAGAUGGUUUUAUCAAGGACUUCUGGGAAAAGGCAUUUGACUGUGAAUUUCAAGAUCCAUCUGUUAGCAAGAAAACUGAGGAAAUCUGCACUGGUGCAGAGAAGUUGGAGACCCUGCCUGGGACUUUUUUUGAAAUGAACAUGAUUGGUCACAGCUACAACAUUUACAAUGCUGUCUAUUUUGUGGCACAUGCUUUACAUGCCAUGAAAUCAGAUCGGUCUAAGCGAGGAGCACUGAAUCUUCAGGAUCAACAGCCAUGGCAGCUCCACCAUUAUCUGAAAUGUGUCUCAUUUAACAACAGUGCUGGUGAAGAGGUUUAUUUCAACCAAAAAGGGGAAUUGAUUGCUGGCUUUGAUAUUAUAAACUGGGUCACUUUCCCAAACCAAACCUUCCAACGAGUGAAAGUUGGAACGGUAGAUCCUCAAGGAAUAGUCUUUACUGUUGACAAUGAUGCUAUCACAUGGCACAGCAGUUUUAAUAAGACACUACCUCUUUCUUUGUGCACUGACAGUUGUCACCCUGGUUAUAGCAGGAGGAAGCAGGAUCAGAAAGAGUUUUGCUGUUAUGAUUGUGUUGCAUGUCCAGAAGGGAAAAUGUCAUCCCAAUAUGCAGACAGGGAUGACUGUACUGAAUGCCCAGAUGAUCAAUAUCCAAACAAGGACCAGGAUUCAUGUCUUCCCAAGAUAGUAACCUUCUUGUCCUAUGAAGAGCCCCUGGGGGUCACUUUGGCCAUCUUGGCACUUUCCUUUUCUAUGGUCACAGCUUUGGUGCUAAGAACAUUUAUGAAGCAUCAUGACACUGCCAUUGUCAAAGCCAACAACCAGUACCUCACCUACACUCUGCUCUUCUCCCUCCUGCUCUGCUUCCUUUGUGCAUUGCUAUUCAUUGGCCCACCUCAGAAAGUGAUAUGUCUCCUCCGACAAAUUAGCUUUGGUAUGGUCUUCUCAGUGGCUGUGUCUUGUAUAUUGGCCAAAACCAUCACUGUGGUCCUUGCUUUCAUGGCCACUAAGCCAGGAAGCAACAUGAGGAAAUGGAUGGGGAAAAGCCUAGCCAGGUCCAUUGUCUUUUUUUGCUCCCUUAUCCAAGCAGCAAUUUGUGCUAUGUGGCUGGCAACCUCUCCCCCAUUCCCAGAUGCUGACAUGCACUCAGUGACUGAAGAAAUUAUACUGGAAUGUAAUGAGGGGUCUGUGGUUAUGUUUUACUGUGUCUUGUGCUACAUGGGCUUCCUGGCGUUUGUGAGUUUUACUGUGGCUUUCCAGGCGAGGAAGUUACCCGACAGUUUCAAUGAAGCCAAAUUUAUUACUUUCAGCAUGUUUGUCUUUUGCAGUGUUUGGCUAUCCUUUGUUCCAACCUAUCUGAGCACCAAAGGAAAAUACAUGGUAGCUGUGGAGAUCUUCUCCAUCUUAUGUUCCACCUCUGGAUUACUGGGUUGCAUUUUUCUCCCAAAAUGUUACAUCAUUAUCUUGAAGCCCGAACUAAAUGAUAAGGAACAGCUGCUUAGGAGGAAACGUUGA